UGUGAGUGUGAGUGUGAGUGUGAGUGUGAGUGUGUGUGUGAGUGUGUGUGUGUGUGUGUGUGUGGUGACUCAGCUUCUAUAUUUAACCUGCAGGCAGACUCGCGCUCAAACAUACUCGGCAUAAACUUGAACGCUGACAGACGACGAGCAGGAUGGAGGAGGAAGCUCUGCCACGACGCUCUGUGGCUGACCUCGCAGGACGAUUUAAAGGCUUGGCUCCUCCACAGGAUGCUGCUGGAGAGAAAACAGAGAAGCCGGUGAGACGACGGCCUCCUCGCUCCUUACAGAUCCCAAAACCUCACGAAGACAACCAAGAGCCUGAAGGUGUCACCUCUACUCUACCUGUUAAAGUCAAGAGGAACUCUGCUCUGAUUGAGAAGCUGCAGGCCAACCUGGCGCUCUCUCCCACGGCGCUGCUCCCAUCUCCAAAGAGCCCCGGCUUCAGGCUGCUGCCCCCCUCCUUUCCCCCUCAGUCACCUGUCUCUGCCCCUGUUACCACGGUAACCACCACCCCAUCCACGCCAACCCCCCUAAGCCCUGUCGCCACCUCACCGUUAACCGAAGAGGAAGGUCCCGCCUCUUUUGAAGCCCCUCCCAUCCCGGAGGAGGGGUCCAUCCUGUCAAACAUCAACAAGAGUCGAGCUCGCCACUCCACCCGACGACGCCCUCCAUCUCGCCGCCACAGGAAGACCAGCAGCGGAGACGAGGUGGGUCUGAGCUCGUCGAGUGAACAAGGAGACAAAAAGACAGACAGAGCAGAAGAAGAAGGAGUAGGGGAAGGAGUAGGAGAAGGAGGGCAGGAUGAAGACAAAACAGGUGAGGUGAAGGAGGAAAAAACAGACGCUUCAAUGAAAAAUGAAACCCAUGAAGAAGAGAAGUCGGAGAUCGAUGUAGAGUCCAGAGAAGACGACACAAAGGAUGGAGCGAUCCCAUCCACAGGAGGAGGAGAGGAGGCAUCUUCAUCAAGGACAAGAGAGGAGGAGGAGGAGGCGGAGAAAAACUCAGGAGGAAAACAUGAAGAAGAAUCCACUGAAGGAGCAACAAACACGGAGAGCAGAGAAGAAGAAAAGAGCGCGGAGACGACGUGUCAGACAUCAUACUUAUGAGACCCAGCAGGCAAGCAGAGCCCCUGCGAUGCUGCGAGGGAGACCCUGCAGCUGUCUGAGAGUCUGGACUCUGUGCAGACGGACAUUUAAAUCAAAUGUAGCUGCUGCGUUUGUUCGCUGCGGAGUGUCUUUAUAUCUAAUGUAAUGAAGAUGACACCGACAGACUGAAGCAAAUAGUCCUGUAAAGUGUGAUGAUGAUGAUGAUGAUGAUGAUGAUGGUGUGUUUUUAUAUGUUCACUCUAUGGUGGCCCUGAAGGUCAAUUACAUUCAAUGAAACCCGAAAACUACUGUUGUAGUACUUGAAAUCGGUCUUGGUCUCGAGACCACUUUUUGAAGGUCUGUCUUGUCUUGGUUUCAGACUGGGCGAACUCCAGAUUUGAAAUCAAGACCAGUGAAGACCUCCGCUGAUAGGCUAUUUUUUCACAUCAUUUUCCAAUUAAAGUCUAUUCUAAAAUUCA